AUGUCAAGCCCGCCAUCUGACAACCUUUCUUCCCGUCAAUUUUCCGUGUUUGUCUUUUCAAAGCCGUCUUCGACCACGAUCCCUACCAUGGCUAACGAUCCAGUACGCUGCCUUGAAUUCUUCAGUGGCAUUGGUGGCCUGCAUUACGCUCUCAAUAUUGCAAAGAUCCACGCUACUGUUAUUGAAGCAUUCGACGUCAACAUGAUUGCGAACGAGGUGUACGAGUACAACUUUAAGCAUAAGCCAUCCAAUAAGACCAUUGAGCGUUUGACUGCAAAGGAUAUUGACAAGUUCCACGCGGAUUGUUGGCUUCUCAGCCCUCCUUGUCAGCCUUAUACACAAGGUGGAAAGAUGCAAGAUAUCGAUGAUUCAAGAGCUCAAGGUUUAGUCCAUCUUAUCAAAUUGCUUCCCAAGCUUGAACACCCACCAAAGUACAUGUUUCUUGAAAAUGUCAAGAACUUUGAGGAAUCGCAAUCAAGAGCCUUGUUGGUGGAAGAGCUAUCCCAAAUGGGUUACGAGAUCAAGGAAUGCUUGCUAUCACCACUGCAAUUUGGCAUACCCAAUCAUCGUCUCCGCUACUACAUGAUGGCACGUCGUAUCUCUCAAGAGAAGCAAGAGUACACCAAUCCAUUAUAUACCCAGUGGCCUUUUACAACGAGUGACCUUUCCAUCUCGGUUCCUGAGCUCACGAAUUUCAUUCAAGAUGGAGCUGACGUUGACAUGCAGUAUCGUGUUCCUGAAAAAGAUAUCGUAAAGCGCGACAGGUUUCGAUUUGAUAUUGUACGGCCUUGCGAUAAUCGAACUUCAUGCAUAACCAAGGCUUAUGGAUCACAUCAUCUUCAAACAAGCGGCUCGUUGGUGCAAACACAAAAGAUGGACCAUAUUGAUUACGACUGGAACGAUCCAGAAUCGCUAUUGGAGCUCGGUUUACGAUUUUUGACGCCAGUUGAAAUCGCACGUUUACAUGCAUUUCCGACACAAGAGUAUCAGCUGCAGUCAAGAAACAGCGCUAGUGCAAGCAAAGUUGAACCAAGACCAUUUACACCACCUUCGUGUCAUCCUCAUCUUGAUUUCCCUGAUACAGUCUCUCGCAUGCAACGAUAUAGAUUAUUAGGAAACAGCUUAAAUUGUUGGGUCGUGGCCGAACUUUUGCGUUGUGAAUUGUUUGAACCUGAUAGCAUCCAGGUAGAAUAA